UUACUUGUGGAUGAAGCACCAUUGGUGGUUCUGAAGAAUAAACUAUUUUAAUUGGUCGUGGGGUAUUCAUCUUCAGGUAUAAAAAGUAUUGGCCAUUUAGAUAUUGGGAUUAGAUUAUCUUUUUUCUUUUUUUCUUUUUCUUCAAAAUUCUCAAAUCUAUAAUAAAAAUGGUUCAGGCACCAAUUACGGUCCGUUUGGUAGAAUUAAAUGACGUGAAGCAUGCUGCUACUGCAACUGCUGUGGUUAACAACGCUUACAGAGCCGAAGGUGGAUGGACUACGGAAAAAGAUAUUGUCGGUGGACAACGUUGUACCGAAAAAGAUAUGACAGAAUUUAUCAAAGAGAGUGGAAAGCCCAACACCCUUUUAUUUGCUUUUGAAGGCGAUGUUGUUGUUGGGACUGUACAAAUCCAACCUUCUCAUGAAUCCCCUAAAGAGGCUGAGGUUGGUCUCUUUUCUGUCUCACCUUUACAUCAAUCCCGUGGUAUCGGAGGUAAGCUUGUUCGUCAAGCUUUGUCCGAAAUGUCGGUCUUGGGUUUUGAUACCGCUGUCAUGCAUGUAUUAGAAAACAGACCUGAACUUCUUUCAUGGUAUAAAAAGUUGGGUUUCUUAGAAACUGGUGAACGUAUUCCUUUUGUUUGGCCUGAAAUGUUGAAGAUUAAGGAUAUUCACUUCUUAACAUUGAAAAAACCACUUGAAAAGUAAUUUAGAGCCCUCUCCAACCCCCGCAACCCCUGCCAAAAAAAAAAAAAAAAGAAACCAUGGCAACCAUAGACUUUUUACCCUCUAUCGCCCUCAUUAAGGCUAAUAAUAAAUAAUUAAUAAUGUUGGUUACAGAUCUAUUUCACUGAAUGUCAUGUGUUUUAUUGCUGAUUCAUCGAGCACCUUUUUAGUAAUCAGUAUAAUCGUAUACGGUGAAUAUAAACUAAUUGUUUAGGUUCAAUACUUUAUAUUGGAAGGACUACUUUGACAACCCCGAUCCUUCAUUGGGCCAUACAAUGGGGUAGUAUGUCAC